AAGAAAACAGGUGCUUUAAAACUCCCUAUGAACAAUAUAUUCUUCAUAGUGAUAUCUGAAAUAAUCAGAAUCGGGGAUUAAACUGAACAGAUAUAAACCUUUUUAUGCAACCGAGAAAGAUUUUUCCAGGUAAUCCAUCAUGAAACUUGGAGUUUUUCUGUUGCUGCUUUUGGAUUUUUUGCAACAUGUCUUUGCACAACUUCCUAUAACUGCAUUUACUGAAAGAACGCUUGUGGAAGAAGGCCAAGGAAGUGGUCUGUUAGAGGUGGAACAGGAGGAUGAACUGGCGGACACUUACUGGUCUGGGACAGCCCCGCUCUGUUUUGGAGGGUGUAAAGGCAGACAUCUGGAGUUGAAAAGAGACAACUGUGGAGAUUCAGACUGCUGCUGGGUGGGAUACAAAUCCCUCUGUAGAGUGAAUUGUGGGAAGCCUGAUGUUGACUUUAAUGGGAUUGUUUAUGGGAGUGAUUGGUGGGUCGGUUCUGUGGUGCGUUACGACUGCAGGCCAGGAUUCGUUUUGGUGGGAGAUCCUGCUCGAGCAUGCCAGUCCAAUGGAAAAUGGACACCCAAACCAUCCUGCCUCAGAGUGUGUCAUCGCGGUCGGGUUGAAAUCAAUGAGAAGGACAUUGAUGGGACGUGUUCGUCUACCUGUCCUGAUGCCAAGAGCUACGCAGUCCCUCUGAACCACAAAUGCAGUCGCAUUGAGAACUGCAGGACUAAAGAAUCAGGCUGGAAGCGCUGGUUUACACGCUGCAACUACUGCGACUGUGACUGCUUCACUCCCUGCAGUCUACAGGAGAGAAGAUGGUGAAGCUCUUUUUCUUAUUCUACUCGAUAAAGUCAUGACCAUGGUAGUUACCCCUCCUAUUGACUUACAGGACAAAAAUUACCCGGAUACCAUUUUAAUAGCAGAAAAAAAACUUAAACAGUUGAAGUUUGGUGACUUUUUCUAAAAUGACCCCAACAUUAGAAAAAAUUAUCAUUUUCUAUUAUCAUAUUUUCAUGAAGGCUGUACACACUUAGGAUACAACAGUAAGCAGUAGAAAAUAUACCCUUCACCUAAGUAAAAAAAUGAGUGGUUCUCUCUCUGAUUAAACAUGGAUGAAAUAUUUUAAACUGAUAAUUGAAAGCCUAGACAUUCAGUGCUCUGUAAUACACCCGGUGCAAUAAGACGCAAGAUGUGUUUGGUUUGAUUUGUUGCUAUUUUCAGUUCAGCGCAACCCUAAUUUUUACAUUUUGCGCCAUGUUGUUUAAAUAGCAUAUCCAUUUGCGCCACUUUGCGGACUCAUGGUUGUGCUGGUUUUUAAAGGAUGUGUGUUAAGGUGCAUUAGAGGCGUGCUGCUUUUUUGAAGAACUGAAAAAGACCACGCCAUUGACCAACUGAAAGCUAGUCUAAAGUCCAGCGCAGAGCGCAUUACUUAUGCACCUAUGCAAGUCCAAAUGCUUACACAUUGCUUAAUACACACAGGAUGAACAGCAAUACACAAAAAUAUUUACAUAUAUAAAAAAUUAAAGGAUUAAAAUGUUACAAAAAUUGAUAUUUUCGACAUAUAAAAACGAUGACCUCUAUGCCUCCUUGUCGGGGGGCUUUUUUUUUUUUACUUAUGACCAUUUGCAUUGUAUAAUGUUAUUAUUAUUAGCAGUAUUAUUUAUUAUAUUUAUAUUUGCUUCAAUAAAAACAAGUUUAGAUUUGUCCACCCGUCAGGUUUUGGACCAUAUGGGGCAUAAGAAUAGGAUGUGUGUUUGGAUAUUACUUCAUUGUUAUUGUUUAUUUGUUUGCUGGAAAUUGAAACUGAAUUUAGAAAUAGUUUUGAAACAAACCUUUGCGCUUAACAAAUGAAAUUAAAUAUGUAGGCUGAUGGAUGUCUUCAGUGGAGUGCAUACAGCACUGUUUCCUUAUCCCCAAAAGUAAAGGAGUAAAGAGUAAAAGUAAACUAAAGAGAAAGUAAACUGACCAAAUGGAAGAGGCUCGUUCUUUAUCCUCGUGCUGCAGAUGCUCUGUUUAACUGUUUUCUUACUAGUGAAGCAUUCAGUUUUUCCUCUUACAAAGUCUGACAUGUAAACAGCAAAUGCAUGGCAUGACGCAACUAACUCUUAAAAAGAAUGUGAGAUGAGACUCAAAAAACACCCUUAACUCAUUAAGAGAAUAAGCUCAACCAUGUUAGACCAUGCGCCGGGGCACAGAGCAUAUUUUUCUGUCCUUAAAAUAGCAAAAGUGGAUUCAGACACAUGUCCUUAAGGCUUUUGCGCCAUGCGCUUUAGACUUUGCACCUAGAUUGUUCAAAUAGUCCUCCGUGUUUCUUCAUGCAAAAUACAUUUGCAGAUUUAAAUUAAAUUUACCUGCUUUAUUUAAAAGGUUUAGUGAAAGUGGGUCAUUUUUGACUCAAAGGAUGAAUUCUAAGACAUCAAGAGGGUUAAGGAAACGACUGAAUUAAUCUUUUUUGAAUGUACAACAUACAAUCACAACAGAAAAUCUCAAUCUGCAUAUGAAGGCAUUUAGAUUUUGAAUAUCAUUCAGACAUAACAUACAGUUUUAUAUUGAAGACAUGUUUGAAAUCUUUGUUAAUCGUUGAGUACGAAAGCCCAGAUAUUCAGUCUAGAUGUUGCAGUUUUCAUGUGUUUCUGUACAGAAAUGAACUUGUAAUUUUAUUACUCUCUGAGCAUAAGUCUAGUGAAGAGGAAACUCUGUGCACGUUACUGAUAAUAUGUACUAUUUAGCUGGAUCUUGUUAGUCAUAGUUGUGGAAAAACCAGAAGAGACAUCUAUUUAAUCAUCACUGUGCUUUUAUUGGAGUAUUACAAUGCUGUAGAUACAAUUACAUCAUUAGUUUGUAACUUGAUUAAUUAACUUGAUUAUUGCGGUUAUCUAUUUUAUUGAUUAAUUAAUUCAUUUAUAUCUAAAUCAUGAAUUCCAUAGCGAAACGAAAAUCAGCAACAGAAGUUGUUAGGCCCAGGUGGUGAAAUUCAUAAUGAAAUUCUCAUUCUUCUCGGGUUGGUAGCAGCCAAUUCCUGCAAAAGAUCGGGGAGAAUAUUUUGUAGUUAUAUUUUGUGUUGUAUAUUUAAAGCAUGUGUUUUUUGUUGUAAGUAAGAUGACGCGCACAGAUACUAUAUUAAACUCAUACACUUACCCACGUUCAGUGGGGUGGUUUUCUUAUUUCUUUUCGACAGAAGCUCCCAGUAGGUUUUGUUCUCAGUAGAUCCAGCCAGUCCGUUCACACUCUCCAGAAAUAUGCCAUAGCUUUUGCUGAUGCUGUAUGUGAAA